AUGAACGGCGGCGGCGGCAAGAAGUUCGGCGGCGGGCGGGUGCCGACGGGGACCCCGUCGCUGGCGUGGUCCUCGGUGGUGGUGGUCGUCUCCCUCCUCGCCGGGGCCUCCAUCGUCCACAACAUCUACAAGCCCGACAUGACGCUUCCGCCGGUGGAGACCGCCGCUGGAGUCGGCGGCGGCGACCCAAAGGAGAAAAGUGAAACAAUCUCUCUUAAGCAAGCCCUCACUUCACCAGAUGCUGCAGACCUAUUCCAUCUGCCAUAA